AUGGCUCAGUUCAGAUGGAUUAUAAUGUCUUCAUUUCUGAUGCUGCUGGUUCAGUUUACAGAAGCAGCUGUGACACAUUCCUCCUCCACUGUCAGAGUUGGAGAUGAAGUCACUUUGUCUUGUGGAAAUGUGACAGAUGAUCAGGAGAAGUGUAACAGUACUGACUGGGUCUUCACUCGUUCAGGAAACGGAGUAAUUCUGUUUCAACACGGGCAGAUUCAAAAAGGAGCCAAAGCUAAAUCAGACAGACUGAGUGUUACAGAGAAAUGUUCUCUGGUUAUAAAGAAGGUCACACUUGAGGAUGCUGGUGCCUACGUCUGCAUGCAGUUGAGAUCAGGACAACAUGUGGUUUUUCUGAAUGUUGUUACCAUAUCUCCAUCUUCACCAGUGACUGAAAAGAAGAACGAUGAUUCGGUCACCUUGAACUGCUCCGUGUUGUGUGGUGGAAGUUUUAAGUGUUUCCACACAGUGAAGUGGCUGUAUGAGGGUGAUGAGAAUGACUUGAAGACAACAGAGCUUAACUCUUCAGCCACUGUGACAUUUACAACAUCUCACCUUUAUCACAAGUCAGAGUAUUACAAGUUAUUGAAAUGUGCAGUGACGCAUUAUACCAAACAUGUGUACCUGUUCCCCUUCAGCCCUCCUCAGUCCCCAGGUGAGAAUAUGAUGAGCUGUUUAUAA